AUGCAUUUAGACGUGCAUUCAUCUAUAACGAAAGAAAUGCAAAUAUUUGGCGAACAAGGAGUAAAGGGCAUUUGGGAGUGGUUUGUUAAGAAUUUGUGUUCAAAAGUCGAAUAUAUUUUGCAACUGCGCAACAAUCCCUGA